CACCCACCCAAAACCCUAGCUCCCCGCGCCGCCGCCACCGCCGCCGCCAUGAAGCGCAACCCCCGCGUGACGAGCUCCCGGCGCAAGUGCCGCAAGGCGCACUUCACGGCGCCGUCCUCCGUCCGCCGCGUGCUGAUGUCGGCGGCGCUGUCGGCGGAGCUCCGCAGCAAGUACAACGUGCGGUCCAUCCCCGUGCGCAAGGACGACGAGGUGCAGGUGGUGAGGGGCAGCUACAAGGGGCGGGAGGGGAAGGUGGUGCAGGUGUACCGCCGCCGGUGGGUCAUCCACGUCGAGCGCAUCACCAGGGAGAAGGUGAACGGCUCCACCGUCAACGUCGGGAUCCACCCCUCCAAGGUCGUCGUCACCAAGCUCAAGCUCGACAAGGACCGCAAGGCCAUCCUCGACCGCAAGGCGCGCGGCCGCGCCGCCGACAAGGCCAAGGGCAAGUUCACCGCCGAGGACGUUGCCGCCGCCGGCGCCUCCCUCCAGGAGAUCGAUUAGUCGUCUUCGUCACCGGCAGCAAAAUGGUUGUACCUUGUCGCUGCUUCCUCCUGUUACAUUUUUUCUCUUGAGAAAUUUUACCAUCAUAAUUUACCAUCGAUGAGAAUUAAGUUUUGGAACCAAUAUUUGUCUCUGAUGUCUUCUGUCUUGAUAGAUCAAGAACUCAUUGUGUGUUAGUUGUU